CCUGACAGCUAGCGCUUCACGCCGCGGCGGAGGGAGUGUCGGACUACUUUUGUACCAGCAGAGCCACCGUCCCAGAUGACUCUCCGCCCCCCUUUAAUUUCCCCCCUGUGCUUCUUCGGUAGAAACUCAUUUUUUUUCCAUUGCAGGAACUGAGUGGUGGAGCUGCUGCUGUCAGAGCUGCACAGGCUGGGUGUGUUUCAACACGGAGAUUGAAAUUGACAAUGAAGAAAAUAGCCGCGGUGUCCUGACAGCCCAUCACGCACUCGGAGUGGAUCUGUCACGCCAACCAUGGACACCAGCGACAAUAAGGAUGUGAAGCUCUCUGCCGAAGUGGAGCCCUUUGUGCCACAGAAGAAAGGCCUGGAGUCGGCGCUGGUGACGAUGAGCCUGCCUGGGGACGGGGCCGGGGGGAGCAGUGCUGGGGGGGCAGAGCCCACGGCAAUCCCCAGCUAUCUCAUCACCUGCUACCCCUUUGUACAGGAAAACCAGCCUAACAGGCAACUUCCCUUGUACAACGGAGACCUCAGAUGGCAGCAGCCCAACCCUGGCCCUGGCGGCCCCUAUCUGGCCUAUCCCAUCCUGCCAUCCCCCCAGCCCGCCGUGUCCAGCGACUACACGUACUACCAGAUCAUGCCAGCGCCCUGCCCCCCGAUGAUGGGCUUCUACCAGCCCUUCCCUGCGCCCUACGCGGCGCCGGUUCCGGCAGCCGGCAUGGUCAGCGCCGUGGCGGCGGACUGCGGAGACCGCCCCGCCCCCCCCAGCCAGGCCUUCCCCGCGGCCGGCCAGAGAGGAAGGGGGGUCAUCCGGCCCGCGGUGCUGCCCAAGCAGCUCCCUCAGCCCAUAAGAAGUAAGAGGCCUCCAAUGAGGAGCGUUGCGGUUCAAAAGGAGAUCAGUUCCUCUGGUCCAGACGGCAGAUCAAAGACUGUGCUUUUAGUGGACGCUUCCCAGCAGACAGACUUCCCGGGAGAAAUCGCCAGCAAGUCCCUGUUGGAAAGGGCCAGCCCCCUGCCGUGGAAGUCGAAGGCGCGGCGGAGGAGGGCGUCGCAGCCAGCGGGGGAGUCCUCCAGCGAGCAUGGCGCCAGCGAGGCGGACAUCGACAGCGACAGUGGCUACUGCAGCCCCAAGCACAACCAGGCCGCCGGCCCGGCCUCCAGGACCACGGACUCCGCUGCCACCGCGGGCGGGGAGUCUGGAGUUGCGACAGCUGUCAGCUGGGUCAAUGUCGCCUCUCAGGUGACUCAGAAAAACUGGAUGGACAGGAGUUCGGCCUUUCUUAGGGCUGGUAGAGGAACUGAUCUAAGAAACUACACACAGGCUGGCUAUCGAGGCCGCGCACCGAGCACCUCCUGUGAGAGAGGGCCAGCCCUGCAGACCAGGAGGCCACAUGUCAACCGGCCGCCGGAGGCUGCACACAGCGCAGAGCUGUAUUUCGAGGAUGAAGAUGAGUUUCCUGAACUGGUUUCUGGAGGAAAUGCUUUGAAGAUUAGGAAUGAGCAAAUACAACCAAAAUUACCCAAAAACAUUCUGGAGAACCUGCCUGAGAACUCUCCCAUUAGCAUCGUGCAGACUCCCAUCCCCAUCACCACCUCCGUGCCCAAGCGAGCCAAGAGCCAGAGGAAGAAGGCGCUGGCCGCGGCGCUGGCCACAGCGCAAGAGUACUCGGAGAUCAGCAUGGAGCAGAAGAAGCUACAGGAGGCGCUGACCAAGGCGGCGGGGAAGAAGAGCAAGACUCCGGUGCAGCUCGAUCUGGGCGACAUGCUGGCUGCCCUGGAGAGACAGCAGCAGGCCAUGAAGGCUCGCCAGCUCACCAACACCAAGCCCCUCUCGUACACAGUUGGGACCACUGCCCCCUUUCAGUCAAAGGACUCGGGCAACAAAAUGUCUGUGAUAAAGAGUCAGCCCUAUACUCCUCCUCACAACAUCCUGGACUCCACCGCCCCCCGAAUGAAGCGAGGCAAGGAGAGAGAAAUUCCCAAGGUCAAACGACCGACUGCACUUAAAAAGAUCAUUUUGAAGGAAAGGGAAGUGAAGAAAGGCAAGUACUCUCUCGACCACAGUGUCCUGGGCCCAGAGGAGCAGGCAGAUGGAGAGCUGCGUUUUACUGAUGACCAGAGCCAUGAAGGAGUGUCACAGGAGGAAAAUGGCCUGAGCAUGCCCAGCGAUGCCUCUCUCUCGCCGGCCAGCCAGAACUCUCCAUACAGCAUCACCCCUGUGUCCCAGGGCUCUCCGGCCAGCUCUGAGAUAGGAAGCCCAAUGACGGCCUUGGCCAUCACCAAAAUCCACAGCAGGAGGUUCCGAGAGUACUGUAACCAGGUCCUGAGCAAGGAGAUCGAUGAAAGCGUGACACUGCUUCUGCAGGAGCUCGUGCGCUUUCAGGAGCGCGUGUACCAGAAAGACCCCGCCAAGGCCAAAGCCAAGAGGAGGCUGGUGAUGGGCCUGAGAGAGGUCACCAAGCACAUGAAGCUGCAGAAGAUCAAGUGCGUCAUUAUCUCUCCCAACUGUGAAAAAAUCCAGUCCAAAGGGGGUCUGGAUGAGGCCCUGUACAAUGUUAUUGCCAUGGCCAGAGAGCAGGAGAUCCCGUUCGUGUUUGCACUGGGCCGGAAAGCUCUAGGCCGCUGUGUCAACAAACUGGUUCCCGUCAGCGUUGUAGGAAUCUUCAACUUCUCUGGGGCCGAGGGCUUAUUUAAUAAGCUAGUGUCACUCACAGAGGAAGCCAGAAAGGCUUACAAGGACAUGGUUUCAGCACUGGAGCAGGAGCAGGCAGAGGAGGCGUUGAAGAAUGUCAAGAAGGUGCAUAACCACAUGGGCCAUUCUCGAAACCCCUCGGCCGCCAGCGCAAUCUCCUUCUGCAGCGUCAUCUCCGAGCCCAUCUCCGAAGUCAACGAGAAAGAAUAUGAAACCAAUUGGAGAAGCAUGGUGGAGUCUUCGGAUGGCCUGGAGGCCCUGGAGAGUGAGAGAGAGCCCCCAGGCAAGACAGCUGGCAGCGAGAGUGUAAACAACGCAGCUGCUGAUGCAGAGAGUCAGGCGUCAGCCCUGUCCCUCCCGUCCACCCCUACGGUGACCUCCGCGCCCCCCGCCUGCCAGCCAGGGAAACCUGGGGUGGCCGUGCUGGAGAAAGAAGAAGGGAGACCCGAUGACACGUUGGAGUGGGCCUCCCAGCAGAGCACGGAGACCGGGUCGCUAGACGGCAGCUGUCGGGACCUGCUCAGCUCCUCCAUCACCAGCACCGCCAGCACCCUGGUGCCUGGCAUGCUGGAGGAAGGGGAGGACGAAGACGAGGAGGACGAAGAGGAGGAUUACACCCCUGAGCCCAUCUCAGUGGAGGUCCCCCUGACCAGUCGGAUCGAGUCUUGGGUCACCGAGGCGCAAAAGACGCUGGAAAAUCUGCAGCUGGGCAAGAACCAGGACAGCGCCGAGGAGGAGGAGGGCGGGCCCAGCGAGGAGGAAGAGCUAGAGAGCUCCGAACAGACGGAUCCUGUGCUCGACCACAAAGAACAGCCACUGGAGCCCAAGAGCGUACCCUGUUGACGGUCCCCCCCCCCCCACCACCUCUCCCGGGAAAACCAGCCUCUCCGACUCGGGAGAAUGGUUGCGCUUGUUUUUCUGAACUGCGACGCCAGUUUCACAUCCGUUAACUCAGGAAACCUGCAAAAACCAACAAACAAGAAUGAAAGGCAUGUUGACAAAGUUUUCACCUUCGUUUUCGAUAAAAGGACUCUUUCUCUCCACUAUAGGGAACUCUGUUUCAGUUUUUGCUCCUUUUGAGCUUUUAUUAUUGCCGUAUUCUGAGGACGAUGGUCAAAAUCAUGUUGUACACCAGAACCUUGCAGUGAUGCAGUAGUCGGUGUGUGUAUGUGUAUGUACAUAUGUAAAAAAUUGUUCUUCACUUGUCAAUUUUUAAAUAGUUUAGAGUAACCUAUAUCUUGGCAUUCUAAGAGGAAAAAACAUUUUUUACUCUGAAAUACUUAAUCACUUAUGUUCCUAGAUUAUUUUAGUUCAUUAGCACAUUAACAUAGGUAUUUCUGUAUUUAUUCAUUACUUGCACAUCAAGGUAAAAUUAUAUGUAUGGUGUUGCACUUUGUUUCAGGAACAUUUUCCUUGGGUGCAAAAUCUCCAAUUGAUGUUUAUAAAUGGCGUACAACAAAGUAAUAUGCAGAUGUGAUCAACUGCAAACUUUCAGAAGGGCAUGAAGAAUUAUUUAUGGUAAUCUUCUGAUGAGGAUAGUUCUUGUUCCAAAUUAUUGUUAGUGAAACACCGCUAUUAUCCUCUUACCUCAAUAUCUGAACAUUGAAAUACAGACUGCUGUGUUUAUGAAUGUCUGUGUAUGUGUAUAUAUAAUUACACAUACAGAGAGGAAGGUCUUGAGCUUAAAUAUGAUCUUAUUGGCUGAAAGUAACCGUGUGAUCUAAUGUUAACAAUCAGUGUUUCCACAUUAAUUUAUAACGUUUCUUUUUAUUAACUAAUCUUUCAUUGUAGAACUAAUGGAGAUAGGAAGAUGGCCAUUCCACCUAUUUUCUACAGAACAGAAGUUUGCGGUGUAUUAGGUCUUUGCUUUUACACUGCAAACAAAUCAGGUCCACUUGAGUAAUUGUUUCACUUGCAACUGUUGUAAAUCAAAAAUAUACAACGUAUAGAAAUACUAAGCUUUUUUGGGGUAUGUUGUGAAGUUCUUAUACUUAAAUCUCUAUUUUUGAAAUGCAGAUCCUGAAUUAAUAAAAAAAUAUUAAAGUUGAAGCUAAACCUUUUGAACAAAAUCUUCAUGUACAUAAAAUGUAUAGGUGGCUCUAAUAUCCCAUAACCUGUAAUUUAUUAUUUUGGUGUUUAAAAGCUGGGGUAAUAUAUUGCAUGAGUCAUUUUUACUAUUCUUGAUCCUUUUGUAACAUUUUUCCAUUCCUAUAUAUACAAACACUUGGUGUCAUACUCUGGGGUAGAUUUGUUUUAGAGUUUUCACAAAGCAUGUUCAGUAUCACGAUAAAGCUUCUGUCUGUAAUUUUGGUUUACAUCACGUUUCAUACACUGUAAGUUGAUUUUUAUUUCGGAUAUACUUCAUUUGGGUGAUUGUCUAUCAAUUUGUCUGGUUUGGAGUGUAGACAAUGUGCUAGUGUUAUGAAUCUGUGUGGCAGCACGGCUGACUGCAAGUAUGAUCCCUUGCAAAAGGCCUCCGUUUACUCUUGAAAUCUGUUCACUUGGCAGGAAUAAAAGGAAGGGUUUCUUACUUGCACAUAGUGAUGGAGCUGUGAGUUCAGAACAGGACUGCUUCUGUUGCUUAUGGACCUCUGUCACAGGUUUUUAAUAUCCCUUAGUGAAUGAUUAAGCUCUGCCUAUUACCUUGUCUUUCAGUUUCCACCUUUACACUUACCACCACUUGCACAAUCUGAGGUGUGUUAAUUAAAAAGUAAUUUGUCUUUUAAGAUUGUAAUUUUUCACUGAUCCUGAUUUUUUGCUUGUAUGACUCCACUGUUCUAGAUGCAGUGCAAGUUCAGAAAGUAUAAAAAAAUAAUAAAAAUAGAUAAUUUUAAAAAAUGCAAAUUUUUACUUAAUUUCUAUUACUUAAUAAAUAGUAUUAAUUUGUUUUGUAUGGAAAAAUUGCCAGUUUUGGAUGAUGGACUUUUCUUCGUUUGACUUAUAAAGUUUUGAAUUGAGUUCCCAUGGAUGGGGAGGGAAAAUAUUUUUUUUCCACAGCUUACUAAUGUUUUCCAGGGAAAAACAGCAAAAGGUUUUUUUAAAAAAAGUCAUAAAUUCAGUCCAGCUGGUUAUGUUAAAAUAGCUUUGGUGUACACUUUAAAUUUAUCACAUUAUACUUUGAUAACAGGAUCAUUGAAAGGCAGAAGUUUCCAUAUCCAUUUAUGAUGAAGGAUUUUAUUGUUGGAUGAAUGGUACUGUAUUUGUUCCCAUGCUGUCAUUUUUUUACAAUGUGUGCAUAAUUAGUAAUAAUAGCAACUGCAUCAUUUGCACUAUGUAAAUACUAGUAAACUUCUUUCUGUAACUAAUAAAAUGUGAAAAACUGUU